AUGUGCAAGUCGUGCGGCAUCGGUACCACCUCUUCAUCUACCUCGUCAUCUUCCUCGAUCAUCAUGGCCGCGCCGCCCGCCGUCCUGAGCCCGGCCGCUCGCCUCCCUGUCGAGCUCGUCGAGAUGAUCUGCAACGAGCUCGCACGUCUCUGCCAGCGCAAAUACCGUGCUGGCAGCUCGACCUGUCAGAUGCUGCGGCGGCUACGCGACAUGAUGUCCGUCGCGCUCGUGUGUCGCCUGUGGCGUGAGCCGGCGCAGCUUGCCCUGUUGCGCUCCUUGCACUUCGAGACGGCCGAGGAGUGCGCCGACUUCCUGCACGCCGUCGAAGACGCUCCGCAACUGCUCGAGGUACCACGCGUCCUCACUUUCAACUUCUCGAGCCGUCGCCGCCUCGAGCGCAAACCCUUUCUCGACAUGCCCGGUUACGUCGCAGUACUCCUCGAGAUGUGCCGCAACGUCGAGCUCGUCUACGUCUACGCCGAGUGCGACGCCGAGUCGUCCACAUUCGAGCGGGCGGUCGCCAACCUACAGCACCUACGCACCUUCAUCUUCGAGUCGAUCCCGGUCAUCGGCCAGAGCAACAGCGUCAUCUUCGAGCUGCCGUCGAGCCUCGAGCUCUUCGAGUACAUGUACACGGGCGACCACCCGUCUCCCAUGCUGUGGGACCUCGACGAGCUUCUCGAGUCGGAUGCUCGGCCUGUCCAGGUCAAGAACAUCAAGUUCCACGCCGAAUGUGAUCUGGUCGAGGAGGACGACGACGACGAGGACGCCGACCGCGAGGUGAGCAACGCGCUCGUAGAGAGCUUGGAGGGCCGGUUUGCCGACCGCGGCGUCGCCUUUGAGCUCCUGAUUUUGGAGUGGGACACGAUCUAG